AUGGCGACCGGCACUCAACCAACCGAGAAUCCCGACCAGAGUGCGUCCGCAUCCACACAGCCCAACGGCACGCAACCACCACCUACGAAUGCGACAGCGACUGGCGAGGCUGCCGUGGGAGCCGUGGAGGGAGGGCCCGUCGUCCCGCCCCUCCUCGAGGCGAAGACUCCAUUGAGGAAAGAUGCUUCGCUCAAGGAAUUCUUGAACAAAAUGGACGACUACGCUCCCAUUAUCCCCGAUGCAGUGACCAACUACUACAUGACCCGAGCCGGCCUCCCGCCUCCACCGCAGACCGACCAAAGGCUCGCCCGCCUCUUAGCGCUUGCCACGCAGAAAUUCAUCGCCGACAUUGCUGCCGAUGCUUAUCAAUACAGCCGCAUUCGCGCAAGCAACACCAGUGCCAACAACCCCAUGGGCAACCUGGGCGCCGCGGCUGGUUUCCCCAUCCCAGGACAGCCGGCAAAUCAGCCUGGGGCCAAGGAUCAGGGUAGGGGCGGGCCUUUGGGCAUCCAGAGGCCAGGCUACGGUGGUGGUGGACAGGGUAGUCAGCAGAACAGGACGGUGCUCACCAUGGAGGACUUGGGCAUGGCCGUUGGCGAGUUCGGGGUGAAUGUCAAGAGAAGCGAGUUUUACCGCUAG